GGUGUCUGAUGAUAUUGAACCCACAAACUAAAGAUUGAAGACUGGCAUUACCAAGGACACUGAGAAUCUUGUUUAUACAACUUAAGUUCUACCACUGAAAUAUUUCCUUUGAAUUGCAAGUAAUAUUUGAUAAUGACUGCACAUAUGUAACUCUAACAUGGUUUCUGUGAUGGUGUAACAUCAAAAUUUACUGAGAUUUUCUUUUUGUCUUAAAGACUUUGAAGAAAGUAUAUCUUUUUUAUUGAAAAUAUUUAAAGAAAUAUUUCCUUGAUGCAAAUUCCAGGAGUAUUUUUUUUUAUUUUGUGAAGAAAAUUUGUUAUGGAGGAGAAACUGAGUAAGAGUCAAGUUCAUAAUGAGAGACGAUCUAAUAAUAAUGGUGUUUCACAUCAAAUAAAGUAGACAUCAUACAUGUGUGGCAUCUGUGGGGAGUCUUUUAAAAUGCAAAAAUGUUUAAUUUAACAUCAGCCUUUGUACACAGAUUCUGAACUCUAUGACUGAUAUUUGUGGUAAAAAGUUCUCCACAGAUGAAAAUUUAUCUACCCACAAACAUAUUCACACAGAGAUGAAACCAUAUUGCCAUGAUAUUUGUGGGGAGGCACUCUCUGAAGAAAAUGGUUUAUCUAACCACAAAUGUAUCCACACAGAAGAAAAACCAUACCGUUGUGAUAUUUGUGGUAAAAAGUUCCUGAGAAAUACUGGUUUGUUGAACCAUAUACGAAUUCACACAGGAGAGAAACCAUACGUCUGCAGCAUUUGUGAGAAAGCAUUUUCUCAACAUAGUAACUUGAUGAACCAUAGCAGAAUUCACACAGGUGAGAAACCACAUCGUUGUGAUAUUUGUGGUAAAUCAUUCUCUCAAAACAGCAAUCUGUUGGUUCAUCGCCGUAUUCACACAGGAGAAAAACCAUACCACUGUGAUAUAUGUGGUAAAGCAUUUUCCCAGAAUGGUAAUUUAUUAAUCCAUAGAAGUACUCAUGGAGGAGAGAAGCAAUAUCAUUGUGAUAUAUGUGGUAAAGGAUUCUUUGUUAAUUCUUCUUUAACUAGACACAUACGAGUUCACACAGGUGAAAAGCCAUACUGCUGUGAUAUCUGUGGGAAAACAUUCACUGCUUCGAGUUCAUUAUCAAUGCAUAAACUUAACCAUACAGGUAAUAAGCCAUACCACUGUGACAUUUGUGAUAAAGCUUUCCUUAACAAUAACACUUUGUUGAAGCACAGAAGAAGUCAUACAGGUGAGAAACCAUAUCACUGUGAUAUCUGUGGCAAAGCAUUCUCUCAAAACAGCAAUUUAUUAACGCAUACACGCAUUCACACAGGUGAAAAGCCAUAUCAUUGUGAUAUUUGUGACAAAACAUUCUCGCAAAAUAUUAAUUUGAUAAUUCAUAGGUCUGCUCACAGAGGAGAGAAACUCUAUCCUUGUGAUAUUUGUGGUAAUGCUUUCUCCAGUAUUUCUUCUUUAUCAACUCACAGACGUAUUCAUACAGGAGAAAGACCACACUGCUGUGAUAUUUGCGGCAAAGCAUUCACUGCUUCCAGUUCAUUGUCAAUGCAUAAGCUUACACACACAGGUGAGAAGCCAUACUACUGUGAAAUCUGUGGUAAAAAUUUCCCAAAAACUAGCAUUUUGUUGAAUCACAGACGAAUUCACACAGGUGAGAAACCAUACCAGUGUAACAUUUGCAAGAAAGCAUUCUCUCAGAAUAGUAAUUUAUUGACCCACAAACGUGUUCACACAGGUGAGAAACCAUAUCAGUGUGAUACCUGUUGUAAAUCAUUCUCUCAAAAUAUCAAUUUAUUAACCCAUAGACGUAUUCAUCUUUGACAAGACAAGUCUCAUAAAGUUAAUUGUACAGAAGAAGAAAAAAUACCUGAGAUAUAUGUGGUAAAAAUUAAUGAGGUACUUAUGGUACAAUGGAAAACUAUAUUCAUGGCAUACUAAUGACGUAAAUACAGCCAGGGACUCAGCUUGCAAUUUAUUUAAUUGAAGAGCAGCAGUGACAUGUAUUCUUUGACUGAAGAAUCAGUAGCAGUAUUAAGCCAGCCAUGAAACUCGAGCUCACAUCUCUGUGAUUACUGGUCAUAGUGCUUUACCUUUAAUAAUGAUAAUAAUAAUAAUAACAAGAGCACUCAGAGAGCACAAACCUCCGCCAAGGUAACACCAACAUCCUCUCAACGUUUAGCUGAAGACGAUUUUUAAAAUGAGAAUAUCUGAAAUAAACUCGACUGUCCUCACAGACGAGAAUACUAAAAACGAACCCGACCGCUAACGAAACUUAAGUAAAAAAGAACGGAAAAAUAAUCCAGAAUCUUUGUCUGGUACCUGAUUGAUCCCAAUGGUAGUCAUGGAAUGUAAAGGUGGCUGUAGAAAAAUUAGUAACAGUAAUAAAUAGUUCAUCCUUAUCUAAUACAAGUCC